CCAGGGAGAGAGACCCAAAGGACUGCACAAGACGAUGACUCCCAAAGUUAUUCAAGAGUCAAGUUCCGUGACUGUGUCCGAAAAAUCAAGUCUAAACCCCCGCUUCCGCCUGGCUUCCCUUCUGCCGAAGAAGCCUAUAACUUCUUCACCUUCACCUUUGAUCCCGAACCAGAGGAACUGGAGGAAAAACCAAAAGCAAAACAUAGAGAGGGAGCCAAUCAAGAGGAGGCGGAAGGAGAGGAGGAAGGGCCACCUGUUCAAGGAGUAAACAAAACGGAUGAGGAAGCGCUGCUUAAUGGCAGAGAUGCUGAGCAUUUCCUAUUGGGCUUAGAUCACGGGGCUGAAGAUUUCGUGGCAGUGAGACCUGCCUAUUAUGAAAGUGUCCACAUUCGGCUGCAGAAGGAGAAAGAACUCCUAUUCAUACCCAGUAGGCUGACAGUGCCCACGUAUAAGAAGCUUCCUGAGAACGUGCAGCCCAGGUUCCUGGAGGACGAAGGACUAUACAUUGGAACCAGGCCCGAGGUGCCGCGGGCCACGCAGAAUAUCAUGGAGAACAGGCUGCUGGUGCAGGAGUCCGACAGAAGGUGGUUCGGAGAUGACGGCAGAAUCCUAGCCCUGCCAAACCCCAUCAGGCCUUCCCCUUCCCGGCCGCCAGCCUUGACCCAGGAGCAAAACAUUCAUGCAGAGCUCGAAACGCUGUAUAAGAAG